UAUAAAUACCCGCUAUCUACCUCAUGAUCUUUUUUUCCCUUCUUCUUCUCUCUCCUCCGCUUUAACCUUCCGCCCACCAUUCUCCGGCGAAAUCGCCGGCCAUCCACCGCCGUUUACGCCGGACAAUCUUCCUCCCUCCGCCGCCAUCCUCCUUCAGAGUUAAUAUCGAGUUCUGAUAUUCGGAGAAUUUGAGAGAGAAUGGACGGGCCUGUGGGACUUAAGAAAAUCAGUUCUCAGUGUUCCAUCCCUGAGAUGGAUGAUUUCGAUCAACUCUCGCGUCUGCUUGACAAGCCGAGGUUGAACAUUGAGAGGCAGAGGUCGUUUGACGAGAGGUCACUCAGCGAGCUGUCGCAAGGUUUUGCUAGGGCAGGGGUGGAUAACUAUGAGAACUACUCGCCCGGAGUGAGAUCUGGGUUUAACACGCCUGCUUCGUCCGCGCGGAACUCUUUUGAGCCGCACCCCAUGGUCGCUGAUGCCUGGGAAUCCCUCCGAAGGUCUCUAGUGUAUUUUAAAGGCCAGCCCGUCGGCACCAUUGCUGCUGUUGAUCAUCAAGCAGAGGAAGUUCUGAACUAUGAUCAGGUUUUUGUUCGAGAUUUUGUGCCAAGUGCUCUAGCCUUUUUGAUGAAUGGUGAACCAGAUAUAGUCAGGAACUUCUUGUUGAAGACACUGCAUCUUCAGGGCUGGGAAAAAAGAAUAGAUCGAUUUAAGCUAGGUGAAGGUGUGAUGCCAGCUAGUUUCAAAGUCCUUCAUGAUCCUGUUAGGAAAACAGAUACUCUUAUUGCAGAUUUUGGUGAAAGUGCAAUUGGAAGAGUUGCUCCUGUUGACUCUGGAUUCUGGUGGAUCAUUUUGCUUCGUGCGUACACAAAGUCUACAGGGGAUUUAACUUUGGCUGAAUCUCCAGAUUGUCAAAAGGGAAUGAAACUUAUAUUGACUUUGUGCUUGUCGGAAGGGUUCGAUACAUUCCCAACUCUGCUUUGUGCUGAUGGAUGCUCCAUGAUUGAUCGAAGAAUGGGUAUUUACGGCUAUCCUAUAGAGAUUCAAGCACUUUUCUUCAUGGCAUUGCGAUGUGCUUUGUCAAUGCUGAAACAGGAUGAUGCUGAAGGAAAGGAAUGUGUGGAGCGUAUUGUGAAGCGUUUGCAUGCACUAAGUUAUCACAUGCGAGGUUACUUUUGGCUUGAUUUCCAACAGCUAAAUGACAUUUAUCGGUAUAAGACUGAGGAGUAUUCCCACACUGCAGUAAAUAAGUUUAAUGUUAUUCCCGAUUCAAUCCCAGAAUGGGUAUUUGACUUUAUGCCAACACGCGGUGGCUACUUUAUUGGAAAUGUCAGUCCUGCCCGAAUGGAUUUUCGAUGGUUUGCUUUAGGCAAUUGUGUUGCAAUUCUAUCAUCUUUAGCAACCCCAGAGCAAUCAAUGGCUAUCAUGGAUCUUAUUGAAGCUCGCUGGGAUGAAUUGGUAGGAGAAAUGCCACUAAAAAUAUCUUAUCCUGCAAUAGAAAGUCAUGAGUGGCGAAUAGUUACUGGUUGUGAUCCCAAAAAUACCAGAUGGAGUUACCAUAAUGGAGGAUCUUGGCCAGUGCUGCUGUGGCUUGUAACGGCUGCUUGCAUCAAAACGGGGCGACCACAGAUAGCAAGACGUGCAAUUGAGCUUGCUGAGAGUCGUCUAUUGAAGGACGGGUGGCCUGAAUAUUAUGAUGGUAAACUUGGGAGAUAUGUAGGCAAGCAAGCAAGAAAGUACCAAACAUGGUCUAUUGCAGGUUAUCUGGUGGCAAAGAUGAUGCUGGAGGACCCCUCACACUUGGGGAUGAUUUCCCUUGAAGAAGACAAGCAGAUGAAACCAGUGAUUAAAAGAUCAUCCUCUUGGACUUGCUAAAAGAUUUCAGGUGAUAGAUAAAUAGUACAAAAAAAAAAAAGAAUAGAGAAAAACUUAGAAGGUGAGAGAUAUUGUUGUUUCGAUACGGAACUAUUCUUUGUGAUUCCCUUCCUCGUUGGCCUGAUUGAAAGUUUAGCUUUGUGUAAAAUAGCUGCUGCUUGAGACUGGCAUCAUGCUUUUCCAAAAUAAUUGAGACUCUUUUCAGUUCAUGUUUGAUAAAUUCCAUGCUAUUGCCCCCCUUUCUGGCUGUUGCCAGGGAUUAUUAGUAAGAUAACUGAAAGUAUAAUGAUUCUUCAUUGAA